AUUGAUCUUGGGGAGUUAACGCUCAUGCGGGCAAGGAAGUUGGCGGGAGGGAGGCCAAAGCCAAGCAAGCCUCAGUCAAACGCCACUUGUUGCUCUCGCUGGCUGUCAUCUGUGUUAUGGUGACAGGGGAGGCUUUUUAUGUCAUUGUUCUCAGCGCUAAUGAGUCAGAAGAAAAUAACAUUUGCCAUUCGGUCAUUGUAUGGAGUUUAUCCUUACAAGUCCAGCAUGAUUAGCUUGGAGAACCUUGGAGACCCAUCGGCUAACUGGGACAUAGUGGAGACCAUCGGUAAAGGCACGUAUGGGAAAGUCUACAGAGUGACCAACAAGAAGGAUGGAAGUCAGGCGGCAGUCAAAGUGCUGGACCCCAUCAAUGAUGUGGAUGAGGAGAUAGAGGCCGAAUACAACAUCUUCAGGUCUCUGUCCAACCACCCCAAUGUGGUGAAGUUUUACGGCAUGUUUUACAAGUCUGAAAAUGUAUCAGGCGGACAACUUUGGCUGGUGCUAGAGCUGUGCAAUGGCGGUUCUGUCACAGAGCUCAUCAAAGGGCUGCUGAUGCGAGGCCAGCGUCUGCAGGAGCCUGUGAUCGCAUACAUUCUGUACAGCGCUCUCCUGGGUCUGCAGCACUUGCACAACAACCGGAUUAUCCAUCGCGAUGUCAAAGGCAACAACAUCCUCUUGACGACUGAGGGAGGAGUCAAACUGGUUGACUUUGGGGUUUCCGCCCAACUGACCAGUGCCCGACUGCGAAGGAACACGUCUGUCGGCACCCCGUUUUGGAUGGCUCCCGAGGUCAUAGCCUGUGAACAGCAAUAUGACUACUCCUACGAUGCCCGCUGUGAUGUCUGGUCUCUUGGCAUCACUGCCAUUGAGCUGGCUGAUGGAGAUCCUCCACUGGCCGACUUGCACCCUGUCAAAGCCCUCUUCAAGAUCCCACGCAAUCCUUCCCCGACACUGAGAAGUCCGGAGCAGUGGUGCAGAAGUUUCAGUCAUUUCAUUGGCCAGUGUCUGAUCAAGGAUUUCGAGGCACGUCCAUCCGUGACUCACCUUCUGGAGCAUCCCUUCGUCAAGCAGGCCCAUGGCAAAGACGUGGCCCUCCGACAUCAAUUGGCGGCGCUCGUUAAGGAGCAGCAAGAACUUGGCUGCGCGGCAAAAACCAAACACGAACGGAUCAAUACUCGUAAAACCCUCAUCAUAGAGAGCUGUCCGGAUGAUGAUCUGGUCAAACUGGAGUUCUUAGACCAGGAAACCAUUAUCGGCCUUCUUCACAAGAGGUAUGAUGAGCUGCAAGUGUACACCUAUGUGGGAGACAUCCUCAUCGCCCUCAAUCCUUUCCAGAAUCUCAGUAUCUACUCACCACAGUUUUCUAAGCUGUACCACGGCGUGAAGCGGGCUGACAACCCUCCACACAUCUUUGCCACGGCGGACGCAGCCUACCAAAGCAUGGUGACUUUCUGCAAAGAUCAGUGUAUCAUCAUCAGUGGAGAGAGUGGUGCUGGGAAAACUGAGAGCGCUCAUCUGAUUGUUCAACAUCUCACCUUCUUAGGAAAGGCAAACAACAGGACCUUGCGCGAGAAGAUCCUGCAGGUGAACCCUCUUGUCGAGGCCUUUGGGAACGCUUGUACGGCCAUCAAUGACAACUCCAGCCGCUUUGGCAAGUACCUGGAGAUGAAGUUCACGCCCGCCGGAGCCGUCAUUGGUGCCAAGAUGUCCGAGUACCUGCUGGAGAAGUCCAGGGUCAUCAAACAGGCCACCGGGGAGAAGAACUUCCACAUCUUUUACUACAUAUAUGCAGGACUUUACCACCAAGGUCACCUGAAGACGUACAGAUUACCAGACAGGACCGCUCCCAGCUACAUUGACAGUCCACAUUGCAAAGUGAUGCAAGACAUUAUCACAAGCAAACUGUACAAGGAGCAGUUUGAAGUCAUCCAGGAAUGCUUCCGGAACAUCGGCUUCACUGAGGAGGAGGUCAACUCUGUUUACAGGAUUCUGUCGGCCAUAUUGAACAUUGGCAAUAUUGAGUUUGCCGCCAUCACGUCCCAACACCAGACUGAUAAGAGCGAAGUCCCCAAUUCAGAGGCUUUGGAGAAUGCUGCUUCCCUCCUCUGCAUCGGACCCGAGGAGCUCCAGGAGGCGCUGACCUCCCAGUGCGUGGUCACCAGGGGCGAGACCAUCAUCUGCACCAACACCGUGGACAAAGCGGUGGACGUGAGGGACGCCAUGUCCAAAGCACUCUAUGGCCGACUGUUCAGCUGGAUUGUCAACCGCAUCAACACGUUGCUGCAGCCUGACGUCAACAUCUGCGCCGCGGAGAGCAGCAUGAACGUGGGAAUCCUGGACAUCUUUGGCUUCGAAAACUUCAAGAAGAACUCCUUUGAACAAUUGUGCAUCAACAUUGCAAAUGAGCAGAUCCAGUUCUACUUCAACCAGCAUAUUUUUGCCCUGGAACAGAUGGAAUACCAGAGCGAGGGAGUGGAUGCCAGCCUGGUGGAGUACGAGGACAACAGGCCCAUCCUGGACAUGUUCCUGCAGAAGCCCAUGGGCCUGCUGUCCCUGCUGGACGAGGAGAGCCGCUUCCCGCAGGCCACGGACCAAACUUUAGUGGACAAGUUUGAAGACAACCUCCGCUGCAAAUACUUUUGGAUACCAAAACGAUUCGAGCUCUCCUUUGGGAUUUUACACUUUGCGGGAAAGGUGAUGUACUGCGUGGCCGGCUUCCUGGAGAAGAACCGAGACACCCUCCCUGCAGACAUCGUGGUGGUGCUGAGAACAUCGGAGAACAAACUUCUGCAGCAGCUCUUUUCCAGCCCUUUAACUAAAAUAGGAAAUCUGGCCACGGCCCGAGCCCGGGUGAACGCCGCAUCUCGAUCUCUCCCGCCGCAGCUGAGUUCCGGACGCAGCAAGUCUCCCAAAUACCUCUUGAAGGUGGACACCAUGGAGAUGAUGCGUCACCCCGAGGAAACCACCAGCAUGAGGAGACAGACGGUGGCCUCCUAUUUCCGUUACUCGCUGAUGGACUUGCUGUCCAAGAUGGUGGUGGGUCAGCCUCACUUCGUACGCUGCAUCAAGCCCAACGACGACAGGAAGGCGCUGAGCUUCUGCAAGGAGAGGGUGAUGGUGCAGCUGCGCUACACCGGCAUUCUGGAGACCGUCAACAUCCGCCGCCAGGGCUACUCCCACCGCAUUCGCUUUGAAGAGUUUGUCAACAGGUACUACUACCUUGCAUUCCGGGCUCACCAGAUGCCAGAGCCCAGCAAAGAGAAUUCUACUGCCAUACUUGAGCGAGCCAGACUGGAAGACUGGGUGCUGGGUAAGACCAAGGUGUUCCUGAAGUACUACCAUGUGGAGCAGCUCAACCUGCUGCUUCGAGAAGUGAUAGCUCAGGUGGUGGUGAUGCAAGCCUACACCAAAGGCUGGCUGGGGGCGCGACGAUACCGACAGGAGAAGGAGAAGAGGAACCGAUGUGCUACCAUCAUCCAGUCAGCCUGGAAAGGUUACGUCGCUCGUCAGAGGCUGAAGCACAAGAAGAAGAAGCGCGAGGAGGCGGCCGUCCGCCUCCAGUCAGCUUACAGAGGCCAUCGGGUGCGUCGGGACUGUGGACCUCAGAGGCACAGAUGGAACCCCGAGGCUGGAAGAAAGACCACCAAGGAGGACCAUAUGGGGUGUGCGAGCCCCAAGAUCAUGAAUAAGGCAAACGUCGGCCUGGACAGCCGAGAGAAAGGCGUGAAAGAGGGCGAGAGAGACAAAGACGGUGGGACCAAACCUCGCAGGGAGACGACCAGGCUGUGGGACACGUCGUGUAAACAAGGUCCAGCGAUGAAGGUCCAACAGAGGACCCCUCGCCGGCGGGGCCAGCAACCCAAGCUGCUGAACAGCCCUGAAGACAGCCUGUACUACAACCAGCUGAACAGAACUCUGGAUUACCAAGGGAGCAAGAGGAAGCCCAGAAAACUUGGUCAAAUCAAAGUGCUGGACGGAGAGGACGAGUACUACAAAUUACUUUCAAGGGCCGAGUCCAUCCCUGAAGAAGAGUACGAGAGCUCAGUUCUCGGGGCUUCUCUUCUCGCCAGCCAGAGAUGAGCCUUAACGUCACGUCAGCCGAUCUCCUUCUUUACCAACAAAGUUGACCUGAAACCAAAAAAAACAGUCAUCAUCCACACUCUUCAUCUAUUGCACAUUUGUAUUUAUUUAUGGCAAAUUGCUGUUUGGUAUGACUUAGACUAAAUGUGGUGCUAUUAAGAUUUGGUUGUUAAUGUGCGCAUCUUCCUUCAAGUUUAGAAACAAGGACGAGGACACCUGCUGUUUCUGUGAUGAGCUUUGUGCAAUAUGGCUUCUUUCAUUUGCCACUGUCACACCUACAGGAAGGAUGUUUGAGGGCAACGUGUACUUGUGCUCUAUUUGGGACCGAAGGCAAAGCAAUAUUUUCAAUCUUGGUUUGAAUUAUCGCUUGACCAAAUUUCAAAUGAGAAGUUAGAAUGCAGAAGAACAUCCUGGCUCUGAUAGGAAUAAUGAUGCUGUAUAUACUGUAUGUAUGUAUGUAUGUAUGUAUUAUGCGUUCAGACCAGAUGUUCCUCCGAGGGAAUUUAAGUUGCUGGGCAAUCCCAAAUUAUUUUGAUGACACAUAAACUGAUUUUAAAUAACCCAGAACAGAAUAGGUAAUUUGCAAUUUAUUCCAAAGCUUUGGAGAGACCAACCUAAAAAACAACACAUUCAAUUCGCAUCGCCUACUUGAUCUGAAAACACUACGGAAGUGUUGUCUUUUUCAAUAUGCCAAUAGCCUCCACCCUUCAGAGCGAAUACACAUAUCUAUUGUUUUCCUCAGCUGGAGACAGGAAAAGAUAGGAAAAAGGAGUAUUGCUACUCCUGCAUUCCAAGCUCAAGGUAGUCCACAGUGUACCAUCGGUCAUGAGAUAAAGAAAAGAUAAAAAGAGUACAAAAUGAAACACUAGCUAUUUCAAAUAUGACUAUAGAAAAGAAAUAACUCUUAAAUAUGGAUAUAUGUAGAUAUCUAUCUCCGUCAGUACGAAUUCAUCCUCCUGACAUGAUCACGUCCCUGCUUUGCUUUAUAGAAUGGAGCAGGAAAAUGUGCACCUGCGGAAGUGACCCUGUCAGAAUUAAAGCAUGGACAUAAAACUGUAAAGGUGUCCAGCCAGUGGAUUGCCUCGGCGACCGGCCUUUGUGUUGGGGAAAUUCCACCAAACUAUUUGAGAGUGCUGCCCAGCCAAGUCCGUCCCUCAGCUGGAGUCCCAUUGAAAUGUAUGGAAAUGCAAGAAGUUGACUUUAGCGCUGAACCGAGCAGCUCAAAGGAAAAUAUCUUUUAUUUGGUUCCACUGCUGGUUGGCAAAGUCUGUGCAUGUAUCACAUAAACAGUGAGGCUGAUUGGAGGAACAUUUCCAAACCCCAAAUCUGUUGAAAAUGAUCAGCAAAUAUCGAUUUCAAGUAGGGUUGCACGAUAGAGGCAAUACAUGAUAUUAAUUUGGCCGACAGGAGCUUUUAAUACUAUCUUUAUAUUGAGAUAGAGCGUGUUGAUCAUACAUACCAGCUGUGUACUACCAAUUUGGCAGCGACACGAUGUAGCAUCCUUGAUGUAGCAAGCUAGCAGCUAAUGUCCCUGCACAGUGCAAAGCAACACACUAUAGAGCAAUAGAGGAUAUCUGUCUGUUACCUGACCGCUUCUUUGUUAUGUUAGCUACCUCUCUUUGUUUAUAAUGCCUAUUUUCUGGUGGAUCUACUCUCUAUUUUAUGCUGCAGCUGUUACAUAUACUGUAAUAUUGUGCAUGGUCAGUUAUAUUGAAAUAUUAUAUAAUAAUAUAUACUAUAUACUGUAUUUAUAAUAUGUAAAUAUUACAUAUAUGUUAUAUUUUAUAUUACCACUGUGGUACAUUUUUAGUCUACUUUAUACCUGCAUUACCCUUUCCAUCAUUUGUAACUGAGCUACUGUGUGGAGUAAUUUUUGUUGUGGAUCAUUAAAGUUUGUCCAAGUCUAAUGUUGCAUUUAUGUCAGCAUUAUAUUUCAUUUUGUGUUUGUACACAGCUAGCCAGAUAGUGUAUGUACUGUAGUUGUACCAACAAGCAUGAAGUGCUGCAUACAUCAUGAUCAAAGUGGGACUAACUCGAUGGACAUUUGUCUCUUUAGGCCAGCUGGCCCGGGACAUUUUUUUCUGGUUUAUUUGUGGCAAGCACACCAUUUAUGUCAAAGUAGCUUGUCUCCAAAUUUCACAUUUGCAGCUUUGAGCGGCUUUCACCUCACUCAAAGAUUCAACUCAAAGAUCUAAAACUUUUAGUAUCUACACAAAAGACCUAUUCCUCUCAAAUAUUGUUCACAAAUCUGUCUAAAUCUGUGUUAGUGAGCAUUUCUUCUUUGCCAAGAUAGUCCAUCCCAACUCACAGCUGUGGCAUAGCAAGAUGCUGAUUGAACAGCAUGAUUAUUGCAGUGGUGUGCCUUAGGCUGCCCACAAUAAAAGGCCACUCUGAAAUGUGCAGUUUUAUCACACAGCACAAUGCAACAGAUGUCGAAAGUUUUGAGGGAGCAUGCAUUAAGCAUGCUUACUGCAG